AUGCCCAUGCUCAUGCCCAUGAUCCGAACAAUUCCCCACGUCCCUCUCCCUCUCUCCCUCUCUCUCUCUUUCUCUUGCUCUCUCUUCGCUGGACCUGUAUCGUACGGUAACCUAUACCAUAACCCCGUCCAUGGAAACCAUCGACGCCCGCAAUACCUACCCUACCACCCCAACCCCUGUCUACGCCGGCCAGCCGGCUCCAUCGCCAAAACACCCCUUGUCCCUGGAUCUUCGUCGCAGCCUGGGCAAGCCGCAAGGUCGAAAGCUCGCAGUGGGUGGGGACCUCGGACUUGGGUUCCACAGGAGAGGGUACGAAUAGGCACCCAACAAAACGUGUAUUUUCUCUACGGAGUAUCUGUAAUUGCUGUACAGCUCCAACAGGGCUGCAUUUCCCAUCGCUUGAUGCUAUUGCAGGGACGCGCCGUUAAGCCCGUCGGGUUCAGACAUCAUCAAGCGCACACCUGA